UGCUUGCAUCUUCUUCAAUAACGGAACUCGACCCUGCUCGCAUCUCUUUGCAGAAUCCACGCUCCCUUUAUCAAACUCAAACAUGUCUGAUCAAAAUCAUCUUCCAAAACACGCUUCGGUUCCUGCAAAUGCGUACACCGGUCCACCAGUAGUUCCUGUGAAUCCCAUGUCCAUGAAAGAUGCUCAAGGUCAAGGAGACCUCAAAGGUGUUGCUCAUCCUGGAGAUCAAACUAAGUCCAGAGGAGAUGGGUUUUGCAGGGGAUUUUGUGCUGGUUUGUGUUGCUACUGUUGCUUGGACAUGUGCUUUUAGCUCGGAGCUGAGGAAGAGAAGAUUCAUUUUGGUUCGUCAUCGUAGCAUAGCAUGUGCUGAAAAGGCUUGUUAUCUUCAUCAUAUUGCGUUGUUUAUUGUCUUGCUGUGACUGUGCAAAGUUGAAUCAUAUAACACUUCUGUUCCCUAGUUCCUACGAAUUAGAAUUAUGUAUCUACUCCCUGUUAAUUGAUGAUGAA